AUGGCUAUGGGAAUUAUCACCAUCGUCCACGCCGUUCUGGCUCUCUUCCUCAUCAUCGAGUUGGGCCUCACCGCAUACCUCGUAGAUGCGACCAACCCCAGCUGGUGGGGCGGCGGCUCUCCUCCCCAAUAUGCGUUCUUGCUCUUCUGUGUUGUCUGGUCCAUCGUCAUGCUGCUCUACCUCGCCCUCACGCCCAUCUUCGCCCCUCGCAUGUACCAUAGCAUGGUCGCUCUCGGCAUCCUCGCCCUCACUUCUCUCUUCUGGUUCGCCGGUGCUACCGCCCUGGCUGCUCACAUUGGCGUCCCUCACUGCCACGGACGUAUUUUCUGCCAAUGCGCCCAGGCUGCUGUCGCAUUCGGCUACUUCAUCUGGGCCAUCUUCACCGGCUUGACCAUCAUGGAGGCGCUGGCCUUUAUGCGAUCGCGCGGCCAUUCUGCUCACGCCGACACCAAGCCUGGUAGAGUUUAG